UGUGUCUUUAGCGCAGAGAACUUUUCGCAAUGCCUCGCCAGUUGCUCAAGAAAUAUCCAUGGGUUCAGUUUAAAUUUUUUUCGGUGCUUCAUUUCGGGUGGAAAUUUCACAAGAUGAGACUUUCUGCAAUUCGAGUGAUUUUCAUUGUUUUAUUGACAUUCAUACAGCCCAUUUGGAGUGAUUUUGUGGAAGAAACUACUAAAGUUGAGGAAACUACUAAAACUGAGGAAAUUACUAAAGCUGAGGAAAUUACUAAAUAUGCUCCUGUUGCUUUAUCCGACUUAAUAUGUCCACCGCAUGAAUAUGUUACGGCAAAUAAUGAAACUAUUUAUUGGCAAAAUGUUGAAUUUAAAGACGAUCGCACAUUUUAUAUGAUGAAAAGUGAACCAAUGUGCUUAGCUGAGGAUAAAAUUCCAGUGCAUAGAACGUGUGAAUAUAGAGAGGCAUCUCCGCUUAUUCCACCUGAAUGUGCCUCAACUCGCUCAAUUAAGAAACUCAUCAAUGCGACACUACCUAUCUGCCCAGAACCCUUUACAGCGCAGGCAAACAAAAAAGGCGAAUACAUCUGCAUCCACAUCUCGGAACCAAAGAAAUGGGAAGAAGAUUGUUACAAGUGGGGUGUCAGUGAUAGUCCUCUUCACGUCGAUGAAAAGGAUUUGGAUGCUAUUCAACAAUUCAUGCAGACGAAAAAUUUAAAAUAUUAUUGGCUUCCAUUGCGAAGUUAUGGACAUUUUGAUCCAUUUCUAUGGCAUCUCCCUGACCGUUAUGGCCAUGUCUUUGAUGAAGAUGAAUUCAGUAAGUGGCACAUUGAAGGUCGAAGACAUCCAGGUGGAAAUUGCCUAGUUCUCUCGAAUCAUGGAAGAUACAUGCACAUUGAAGAUUGCACGAAUAAAUACCCAACAGUGUGCAUUUACAAUGCAAAGAAAUCCUACCUCAAAUUAGCCUGUCCAGAAAAAUCAGUUGCAAUGAGAAUUCAUGGGGAAUAUGAUCAAUGUCUUCAGGUCACUGAAUCUACCACAAAGUGCGAACGUUUCUUCCAAAUGGAUACAAUGAACAAAAACAUCUUCUACCGGCAGGCCUUUUCUGAUAUCUUCAACAAAUCCGACAUGGUUCAUUUUACUUUUAAACACGAACUAUCCACGCUUAAACCAAAGCCCGAUAAUUAUUUGUGCCUCAGCAGUAUUCCGGGAUUUAGUACGAAUGACUUCAAAUGGGACUACCAAAAGUGGCUCAAUGUGCAAAAGGCACCUGAGGAGGUUUUCUGGAGUUUCUUUAUGCAUUCGUACGAUAGAAUAGAAACUGAGAAUAACUACACCGUGCUGGAUUCUCGCGGGCAAUGGGUCACCUAUGAUAACUACAAUUGCAAAGCGUGCGUAAAUGUUGUGAAAAUGUUCACACCGGAGCUACAUGUUGUUUUUCAUCAAGAUCAUCAAGUACUGGAACUAAUUGUGUACUCUGAGGAAUUCUUAUGGCGCAAAGACGACGAUGAUUCAGGUGUAACAUGUUUUACGGAUGCCGGCUACAACACCUUGCUGUCAAAUGUUGAAAAAGAUUUGGUAUGGAGUGAUAAGAUAAAGACGACAGACAUCAUUGGCCAAAAUAACAAGUUCGCACGCGAGUACAUCACUAAAAGUAUCUACCAACUCGAAAUUAAAUAUGACACUCCUGGACACUACUGGUGCGAAGGACUCUCCAUUCCGGACUUUAAGGUAGUCAAAUCCCCACGAGUAGUAGCUUAUGAGGAAAAAGAUGGCACAGUGUUCUCCUUUAGGGCUCUCAUGAAUUGCAGUGACUACUCGAAAUACAGAAAGGGAUUUACGAAAAAGAAAUUAAAGAAGAUAGCUGAAGAUUUUAAGGAUGUACUAAAGAAAUAUGACAAGGAUAAUGAAUUAAUUGAAGACGCUAAGAUCAUGCGGAUUCAGGAAAUUCCGCAGGAUUCCUCCCACCUUGAGGUGAUCUUUCAUGUUUUGGUUGAAUAUGACAACUUUACAUUUCCCUGCCCGCAAAAUAUUACCCACCACAUUUGCACUCUGCAUGGGAUUCAGAAAGAUUUAGAGAUUAUUGCCAAGAAUGCUUCCAAUUCAAAAGAGCAUAAAAAAUUCAAGAAUAUCACUGUGAGACAUACAGCCUUCUGCCUGCCAUAUAAUUCCACACAAACCAAUCAAGAACAUUGGGUGAGUGCGGGAAUUGGAGAGAGAUCUGUCCUUCAGCAUCUCUGUCUUACAACAAAUCUCCUGCCGGACUAUCGAGUCUGCAGAGGAGACUUCAUCAUUGGGGCACAAUGGGAUGAGGAUCAUACACCAAUGUGCCAUGAAAUGAAAGUUCCAGAAAUAACACAGAGACUCUUCGAACUCGACAAUUCCGAUAAUGAUGCCAGCACGAUCAUUGAUGGAAUGCAGGAAAUUACUGAAGUUGAUGCAGGAGAUAUCAUCCCAGCUGAUCUUUUCUUUGUGGGACAACUAACAAGGAGACUCGCAACGGAAGUAUCCAAUGGCACUGAAUUUGGAUUGGAGGAUGUUGAAAAAAUUAUUUCAGUUCUCAGUCACACAACGGAGGUGAAUGAAAAAACUGCGAAAGCAAGUCAAAUCCUCAAUUCCACCAACACACUUUUGGACAUGAGUGAAAGGAUCAUUACGAGUGUCCUUUUAGAAGCUAGUAUUUCCAACAAAACUUUCGAUGCACGGAAAACAAAUGAGCUUUUGGGGGUGAUUGAGCUGAAAGCCAAGAACUUUAUAACUUUCGUCAUUAACCCUUUUGUGGCAAAUGUAACAGGAAUUGCACUCUAUCGUUCAUCGAAAAAAUCAAAUUACAUUGAAGAUCUCAUUCCGAGGUAUCUAUAUACAAAUCAGGAUGCUACAUCACUUUUGAUGGACGAUGAAGGUCUUGAAAUUGCUACCUUUCUACCCGGGGAGCUAUUGCGACGGAUCAAUGAAAUCAAUCAAACUGCAGCUGUGAACACGACUGUUGGCCCAAAGCCUCCACUGAGGAUCAUCAUCACGGUUUGUGCGAAUGAUCGUCUAUUCCAGGAUAAUGGAACUGUCUCCUACUUUCGGGCAAAUGGCAGGGUAGUGAGCGUAUCUAUACCAGGAUAUGGACCAAAUUUGCCAUCAUUCUUCCCACUAAUCUUCAGAGCAACACAUGAGAUAACUAAUAAAACUAAUGCAUGUGGCUUUUGGGAUUUUACACCAACGAAUAAAACUAUCACGAGUGAAUGGGCAACGAGAGGAUGUGAAUUCCUGUCCAUUUCAUCAAAUCUAGAUGAUCCAGUUGUUCUCUGUGGAUGCUCCCACUUAACCCAUUUUGCCUUUCUCCUUACUGGGGUCUUUAAGUACGACCUAACACCUGAACAAUUAAUUGUUCACAAGAAACAUUUAUUUGCGCUGGAUGUCAUCACUAUUGUUGGAUGUUCACUAUCACUAGCAGGAAUCAUUGGAAUCUGGAUCACAGCGAUGUUCUUCAAGACGUGGCGUGAGAAGGCUGGAUCGAAGGUUCUUCUGCAACUUUCCGUUGCAAUUGCUCUUCAAAUGCUUCUGUUUCUCUUUAUAAAUGGCGAAUACGUAAUGAAGGACAUUAGGGAAGAGAACAAGAGGAUUAUUUGCAUAACUCUUGGUGCAUUGCUGCAGUAUUCCGUACUGAUUGUCUUCUCGUGGAUGCUCAUCACUGGAUAUUUGCAAUAUCUUCGGUAUGUGGUUGUCUUUGGGAAUCCAAAGCCAGCACACUUUACACUCAAAUCAAUCAUCGUGGGAUGGAUUAUGCCCACAAUCCCGGUAUUCCUCGUCCUUGGCCUGGAUAUGGAAUCCUACCUGCCACCGAAUUGGGAGACAGAAGAUUUUUACGGAUCAAACUGCUACCCACAGGGUUACUCCCUCUACUUUGGGAUCGUCUUCCCCGUAGUAGUAAUCUUCUCUGUAAAUCUGUGCUUCUAUAUUGUUGUAAUUUACAACAUAACCCGGAGGAUGGACAGUAGCUCAAAGAAGAAAGACACAAAGAUACAAAGAGCCCAAUUGAGGCUCUCAGUGUUUCUAUUCUUCCUCCUCGGAAUGAGCUGGAUCUUUGGCUUCUUUAUCUACAUCGGGAGAAGCCCUCACAUGAUCUUUGAAUACCUUUUUUGCAUCACAGCCACAAUUCAGGGAUUUGUACUUUUUGCCUACUUUGUCAUCCUUGACCCAGCCACGAGAAAACUCUGGGAGAAAUUUUUCAUCUCACUGAAAUGCGGAAGAUCCGAAAAGCUCACCUAGCACACGCAUCACUGAUUUUCAAUUUAAUAACCCAUAUUUUCAUCAUUAGUCCUACCAAGUAUUUAUUCCCAAAUAAAAUAUAUUUGUAUUCCA